UUUGGUAGUAGGAUGUUUUCCACAAUAACUUAAUGGCAUGAACUUGUUUGUCUGGUAAGUUCUCCAAAGGAAUGACAAAGUCAAAGGGGAGGAACUUAAACAUGAGCUCACAUAAAAUCAGAAACAACUCCUGCAUAACACUCUGUAAGAGACAACGGACCUUUAGUUUCCUCCUUUACUGUCAUCAUAUCAUACAUGUUGUGAGAACUCUUCAGAGGACUGAGAUUUUACUGUGACACAAGAACUUAAAGCAAACAACAUCAGGAUGUCCAACAACAAGAAAUCUCCAACGACUACAACAUUUUAUAGUGAACCAGCAGUGAAGGAACUGUACACUGGAUACCUGGUCAAGUCCCCACCUCUGACCCUGACUAAAAACACUAAAUCAUGGAAGAAUCGUUUCUUUGUACUCUCCAAGAUCGGUGAAAACACCUUACAGCUGUCAUAUCAUGCAGACGAAAAGAGAGAUAAACCCUUGGGAGUGAUAGACAUUUCUAAGAUCAGCUUGCUGUUCACUAGCCCUGAGAGACAUCAGAAGUGGGACUGGGUCAAGAAACAAGCAAAGGGCUCUCCAUCUUCUGUGCUGUUCUUGAAGGUGGAAGACGAGACACUAAAACAAUCCAGAGAAUAUUUCCUCAUUGGAAAAGACCGUGCUGAUGUGGAUGGUUGGCUCAAUGCAUUAAUCAAGGCGAUGAAGACCCAGAAAUCACAAAAUAAACUACCACACACAGAUGAUAGUCAGGACAAGAGAUCUAGAUCAAUUACUCUUCCUGCAGACUUUUCAGAACCAAACGGUGAAGAUCAGCCUGAUAACAGACGGUCAGCAUUUGAAUUAACUUCUCUGCCACAAAACGAUCAUUAUGACUAUCCCCGCAAGCUCAGCGAACCUCCAAUAACAGUAACACGCAAGAUUCCAUUUAUUGAGGAAAAAGAUGAGAAGGAAGGGAAGCAGGAUGAACCUCCAGAGGACAACAGUGAAUACAUGACCAUGGGAUCAGUGCAAAGGAUGAAAGAUGACCAACAGGAGGAUGACAAAGCAUGCAAAGAGAAAAAUGAAGUUCGCAGGCAUUCUAAUCAGUCUUUCGUUGUCUAUUCUGAAAACUAUGGCUCAACCGAGUCUAACAACAGUGAAUCGGAAACACAUGUUGAUGAGGAGAUCUGCGGUAGUCAAAAUGGUGUGACAAACAAUCUGAUCUUGGCACAAGGUGGCGGCAAACCAUGGUAA